AUGAACGAAGAGGUAAAAAGGAGUAAUAAAAAAGUUAUGGCUUCACAAACAACAGGAAUUCAACAAUUAUUAGCAGCUGAAAAGAAAGCUGGAGAAAAGAUUACUGAAGCUCGAAAAAGAAAAGCUCAAAGAUUAAAAGAGGCAAAAUAUGAUGCACAAAUUGAAAUUAAUAAAAUUAAAGAGGAACAAGAAAUAAAAUUUAAAGAAUUUGAAUCUGAAUAUCUUGGUUCAAAAGAAUCUAUUGAGGAAAAAAUAAAAUUAGAUACAACUACAACAUUAAAAAAUUUAGAAGAUUCUGUUAAUAAAAAUAAAGAACAUGUUAUUAAUAGACUUCUACAACUUGUUUGUGAUAUACAACCUCAACUUCAUAGAAAUCUUCUUCUCCAAAAAGAACAUAAUAUAUAA